AUGGCUUCUACAAGCGCUGAUUCUCAGUCUACUAUAGCUCAGAAAACAUGGGCUAUGGCUAACAACAUAGAAACUGUUUCCAGUGUGGAUGAAAUUUAUCGCUAUGAUAAAAAACAACAACAAGAUAUUUUAGCAGCUAAACCUUGGGAGAAAGAUCCUCAUUUCUUCAAAGAUAUCAAAAUCUCUGCGCUUGCUUUAUUAAAAAUGGUUAUGCAUGCAAGAUCAGGCGGCACUUUGGAAGUAAUGGGGCUGUUACUUGGUAAGGUGGAUGCCAACACCAUGAUAGUGAUGGAUUCAUUUGCAUUACCAGUCGAGGGCACAGAGACUAGGGUCAAUGCACAGGCUCAGGCUUACGAGUACAUGACAGCUUAUAUCGAGGCUGCUAAGCAGGUGGGUCGUCAUGAAAAUGCAAUCGGUUGGUAUCACAGCCACCCUGGCUAUGGCUGCUGGUUGUCCGGCAUUGAUGUCUCUACACAGAUGCUGAAUCAGAACUUCCAGGAGCCUUUUGUAGCAAUUGUCAUUGACCCUGUGAGAACAAUAUCUGCUGGAAAAGUUUGCCUCGGUGCUUUUAGGACUUACCCCAAGGGCUAUAAGCCAGCUAAUGAAGAGCCAUCUGAAUAUCAGACGAUUCCUUUAAACAAAAUUGAAGACUUUGGUGUCCAUUGCAAGCAGUACUAUUCACUCGAAGUAUCCUAUUUCAAGUCUUCCCUGGACAGAAGGCUGCUGGAUUCCCUGUGGAAUAAGUACUGGGUUAACACUCUAAGCAGUUCAAGUCUUAUUACUAACGCUGAUUACACCACUGGACAAAUUUUCGAUCUGUCUGACAAACUUGAGCAGAGUGAAGUCUUUCUAAGUCGCGGUGGUUUUCUAGUAGCAGGAGCUGAUCCCCACGAAAAACGCUCAGAAGACAAAUUGAGUAAGGCUACGAAAGACGCUUGCAAAACCACAAUUGAAGUGAUCCAUGGCCUCAUGGCACAAAUGAUCAAAGACAGGCUUUUCAACAGUGUGAGCAGCCGGCCAGCACCCACUACACCUAUGAUAGAAUAA